AUGAAAUCAUAUUUGUGCUGUUUGUGCAAAAACAGUCGGAAAAAGACGCGGCCGCCAGCUACCGGGCCUACUGCCGCCGACCGUCCUCUGCAGCCGCCAUUCCAACUGGAAAAAGGUCAAAGGCCGGCGAGGGGCGGCGGCAUGACGUUGUUUAUUGGGGCUAGCGCGGCUGUUGCCGCCUCCACGGCCACUGUGACUGUAAUAAGUGGUGGCGGANUUUUCCUCGUGGAUUUCGUGCGGAAAAAGACACGGCCGCCGGCCGCCUGGCCUGCCGCUACCGCCCAUUCUCUUCAGCCGAUGUCUCACCCGGAGAAAGGUCAAAGGCCGGCGAGUGGCGGGUUGAAGGACGGUGGCAUGGCUGUUCUUGGAGCUGGCGCGGCUGUCGCCGCCACCGUCGCCACCGCGGCUGUAAUAAGUAGUGGCGGGGACUCUGGUGGUUGUGGUGGUGGGGGUGGUUGUGGUGGUGGGGGUGGUUGUGGCGGCGGCGGUGGCUGUGGCGGUGGUUGUGGUGAUUGA